GAGAAUGAGUGACAAGAACGAAGACCCUCGCGUCCGCAUUGCGGACGAGACACAACCUUUUUCCAAACCUCCGAGACGUACUCUCCAUCGCGCUGUGUCAAGUUCCUCUAUGUCAAUUCGCAGUACUCACAGUAGAGUGGCAGCUCCAGAGACAGUACUUCCAAUUACUUACCGGUCCCUAUCGUACAAUAUCAACGAAGACUCAAAGAUCUGGAGCAGUUAGAUUGGCAUUUGCUCUCUGCCGACGAGCUAUUCCGAAGAUUCUCAACUUCAUCCUCUCAGGGGCUCUCUGCUGAACAAGUCGCUCGACGCACAUCGGAAUAUGGGAAAAACCAGCCCACCCCACCGCCGUCCGGCCUGUUUCGAAAGCUCAUGGCCUAUGUGUUUGGUGGUUUUGGCCUUUUAUUGUUUAUAGGUUGUAUUCUUGUCUUCAUCGCAUGGAAACCACUCGGAGAUCCUCCUGCCCUCGCGAAUCUUGCACUUGCUAUUGUCCUCGCCUCUGUCUUUGUUAUCCAAGCGGCGUUCAAUGCCUGGCAGGAUUGGUCCUCUUCUAGAGUAAUGGCUUCGAUUACCACCAUGCUUCCAGACGAGUGUAUGGUCGUUCGGGAAAACGGGCAGGAGUGGACGACAGCGACCGAACUUGUUCCUGGUGAUGUCGUCAAAAUAAAACAAGGAAACAAACUCCCAUCAGACUUGCGUUUUAUUGAGGUGUCGUCCGAUGCCAAGUUUGAUCGUUCAAUCCUUACUGGUAAAUCUGAACCUGCUCAGGGGACUGUUGAUUCUACGGACAAAAACUAUCUCGAAACACGUAAUAUCGGACUUCAGGGCACCCACUGUGUUUCUGGUAGCGCAACAGGUGUUUGUGUCGCUACAGGAGACAAUACAGUGUUUGGACGAAUAGCUCAACUGGCCAAUAAACCUCGACACGAAUUCACCCCAUUGCAGAAGAAAAUACUGCGCUUUGUCUUGGUUAUCGUUGGGCUGCCUAGUUGCGGAGAGAUCAUACUGAUUGGAUCAAUCUCCCCCUUCUUAUUGUCAGCUGCGUCUCGAAAAAUAAAAUCCCUCGCAACGGUCGAAACUCUUGGCUCUGUUUCCGUCAUCUGCACAGAUAAAACUGGAAAUUUAACGAAGAAUGAGAUGUUUGUGACUGAUUGUUACACUGGUGCGGAGGAAUACACCGAAGAAGCUGCGCGUAUAGCUAACCACGGGAGGGAAGAGACCGACGUCUCAUUUGGUAGCUCAAUGAAUCAGCUACGUAGAGUAGGAGGUUUGCGCAAUGCAGCGGAGUUUGAUACGUCAACACUCAGCUAUCCACCUGACAAAAUGAAAAUGUAUGGUGAUCCGACAGAUCAAGCUAUUCUGCGUUUCUCAGAAUCAUUGGGAUCCGUCAAUAGGCUACGAAGUGAUACGAAAAAGGUUUUGAGCUCGCCUUCAACAGCCGGAACAAAUCCAUGA